AAAAUGCUUGGUGCGUCCCACUAAAAUGGAUAAUACUUUACUUUGGUCUCUAUAAAUAUUCCAUAACGACAUAACUCCUUCUCUCAUAACUACAAGAUAAUGUUUUCAGUAUUUUCUCACCCCACCAUACCAAACAUUAACAUUUCUAAAACAUAUUAACAGUAUUAUCCUCCUCUCUCCAAUGGGUCCAAACAUUUUGGACGCACUCAACGUCCGAGUCGUCGGCUCCGGCAAGAGGAUUUUAGUACUUGCUCACGGUCUAGGCACGGACCAGUCGGUCUGGAGCCGCAUUCUGCCGUACUUCCGUACGCAUUACAAGGUCGUAUUAUUCGACCUUGUGUGCGCGGGAAGCGUUAAUCCUGACUACUUUGAUUUUAACCGGUACAGCACGCUUGACGCGUUUGUUGAUGAUUUGUUGCAAAUCCUUGACGCGUUACGUGUUGACCGGUGUUUUUAUGUUGGUCAUUCUCUUUCUUCCAUGAUUGGAAUUCUUGCUGCUAUUCGUCGGCCGGAGCUGUUUGCGAAACUUAUUCUUAUUGGUGCUUCUCCGAGGUUCUUAAACGAUACGGAUUACCACGGCGGAUUCGAAUUAGGCGAGGUAGAGAAGGUUUUCGUAGCAAUGGAAGCAAAUUACGAGGCUUGGGUGAACGGGUACGCUCCAUUGGCCGUCGGUGCUGACGUACCGGCGGCCGUACGCGAAUUCAGUCGGACGUUGUUCAACGUCCGGCCGGAUAUUUCACUGUUCGUUUCUCGAACAGUGUUCAACAGCGACUUGAGGGAUAAGUUAAAGUUAGUGAAGGUUCCAUGCUGCAUAAUUCAAACGGCGAAAGACGUGUCGGUGCCUUCGUCGGUGGCGUUGUACUUGAAGGAGCACCUCGGCGGCCGAAACACGGUGGAGAUGAUGAAUGUUGAAGGUCAUUUGCCUCAUCUGAGUGCUCCAGCAUUGUUGGCUCAUCAUCUGAAUAGAGCUCUUUCUAGAUGAUAGUUUUGAGUUUUUGUAAGUGGGCCUUGAUGGGCCUGGUUAGAUGGACCAUAUGUAGUUUUAUCCAGUUUGAGAAUAUUGGUGGAAUAUGGCUGCAGAUGGUUACACCUGGCAAAUAAUUAGUGGAUGAUGAGUAGAGGAUAAGAAUGGAUCUACACGUGCUGACGUGUUUAUUAUAUUUUGUCUUGUUUUUCAUCUAUGUUGAUUUUAGUAUUAUGAUUUAGUAUCUUAAAA